UCCAACUGUGCGGCGUAUUGUCAGGAUGUGCCCGGUUAGCCGCUUACUUCGAUCAACUACGAGGACUAACCAUGGCAGAGUGUAUAGGGGGUCUGGUUCUUUUCUUUGGAUCAGGCCCCUUUAAGGGUCCGCGGACCCUUUCUGCAUUCGGGCAGUGAAGUACGCCUACUCACUUGGAUUUGAAUGUCUGAGUUCAAAUCUCGGCUUGCUGGACUCGGUGCUGUCUCCCAUAGCGGUCGCGCAACCUUUCUCUUUGGAGAAAGCGAAGCAGGGGAGUGGUUCUGGGUUCCAGCGGGCCCCCAGAGGAACACUUUCAUGUCUUUGGUGAUUUUUACGCAGGCCAUGAUUGUGGAGUCCCCUGGGGAUGUAUUUUCGACGAUGGAACAUCAAGAAAGAAGGGGAUUACGCCGUCAAAAUCAGGAACAUAGAACUAUGGAACUAUAUUUAUGGUACAUGUAUAAGAAACGUUUUAAUAAGCCAAAUAAGUCAGAAGCCAUAGUUACAACAAAGAGAAACACAAUUAGGACAAUACGAAGCAGAACAGGGGACACUUAACAGCACUUUCCGUCCUUUUGGGGAUUCAACAGCUAUUUUCUAUGAAGUCCCCUAUCUGUCAUGUCAUCGAACAAUCAAAGAAGAAAGCUUGCUGAUCUGAGUCAUAAAUACAAAGAAGCAAAAUCUGUCAUUGAUUCUCGCGAGACCAAAGUCAAAUUUUAUUUUUGAAUGAAACACGACUUUCUUGUUCAUUAAAAUGAAGAAAACAGUAAUGGUCCUAACCUAAAAUGUCAACAUUUACAACAGUACUUGGCAAGACAUGAAAUAAUCAGCUAUUCUACCUUAUAUGUCUCAACCUGAUGAAAAGUUCAGUUGCAGAGAGGCGGAAUGGUCGCGCUCGUAAUGGCUGAGAAGGUCUACUAUAACAACCAUAAAUUAUACUUCACAUUGUAACUAGUAAAAGGAAAAAAUCAGAUCAUGCAAAACUGAUCACGGAUCUAUAUAGGUCACUAAAGGGAAUAACCGGUCUUUGUUUUAAACAAGAGCUACAGCUAGUGGUAACCCCCUAUACCCAAAAGUUUUACAAAAUUUUCAGCAUUGUAUGCACUAUUCUUAGGUCACAUACAUUUUAUUUGCUACAGUGGUCUAUAUUUGUGUAGUCAUAAGUUUUUUUUUCAUCUGUUUAAACGUUAAAAAGACCUUUCCCAAAUGCAUAGUGUUACAUACUUUCUAAAUAGAUACAAACAUUUGGGAUGAAAUUUUCAAAGUGUUAUAUGCCACUAUAAGGAAAACGGAACAAAUAAAGCAGAAGGCUCUGUAGAAUAAUUUGCGAGGCAACACGAAUUGUUAUUUUUCAUUAGUUGAACGAGUUCCAGUGGAUUUUAAUCACUCUUGUUUAAGGCAUUUCCAAAUUACUUUCAAUCUUGUACAUUUUGCCUGUAAACGCUUCUAUAUAUAACAUCUAAUUACA